CGACACUUUUCUUUUCUUUUUCUUUCAUCCUGCGGUUUUCCUCAAAGCUUAAGACUCCGACAAGAAGACAUUCACGCAGAAUUUGCUGCUAAAUGGCAAAGCAGAAGCAGCGGCAACUUGUUCCUGCACCUACGAGAAAGAAAAGAAGGUCAGUUGCCCAAGAUGCAGACCUCCAUUAUGAGAAUAGUUGGGUGGUCGUCAAGAAGCAAAAAGUUACCAUUCUCAUACCAGCAUUACCAGUGACUGAGCUGCUUAUAGUGCCCCCUGAUUCAGGCAAACAUGCACCACCAGUGAGCCUGAGAAGCAAGACAAAUUUAGAGUUGGAAUGUACCGAUAAAUUGUAUUCCCAGAAUCAUUCUGUUUCAGAACACGAUAAAUCCAUUUCACCAGUUCCGGAAAGUGUCCUUCCAACUGCUAAAGCGGUUCAUCCUCUGCACUCUCAUCUGGUCCCAAAGCUUUCCAAACAAAGGCGGCCUUCUGUUUCAUCUGAGAAUCCAGAAAUUAACAAUGUCAGAGUUCAACAUUCAAUGGGUACAUUCAAAGCUAUAAAAAUGAGGAAACAAGCAUUGCUUAUUGGUGAUGGGCAGUUGACAAUGAAUGCAAGAAUGAGGGCUUCUAAUAUUGAGAGAAAGCUUCAAAGGGCUGGUGGUUUGAACAAUUGGCUGAUAUCCAUUGGCCUUCAACGCUUUGUGAAAUUGUUUCAGCAGAGGAAUGUAAAUAAAUUUCAGCUUGCUAAUUUAACCAUGAAGAAGCUCAAAGAUAUGGGUGCUCAAGCUGUCGGCCCACGAAGAAAGCUGAUGCACGCUAUUGACUGCCUCUGCCAACCUUAUUGUUUCGAGCGGUUAUGAUGCAUCUUCGAAGGAGCUGUACUUUGAAAGCAUGCAAGUGCUGAAUAACAAAGAAAACCAAGCAAGGUCAGUAGUCUUUUUAGCUGAAAUGAGAAGAGGUCUCCGAAUGCGGUUUUUGAUCUUUUUUUUGCAUUCAAAAGUGAGAAUUAUUAGAGGGUGGAGAUUGAAACACCUUUUUCUUUUCUUUUUUUUUUUUGGGGGUUCCAGUUCAUGUAAGAAGAAGUAGCCCAAAAGCAUUACAAGAAACUUUAGCGAUGCUGAGAUCAAAACCUCUUCCCAUGAUGUUGUAAUACAUAAAAGUAGGGAAUGAAGGGAGGCUUACAUCAUUCAGCUAAACUGUAAUACUAAAUUGGUUAGUUGGAGGAAAUUACUGUAAAUUUUGACGUUCAUGUAUGUUUUAUUCACAAGAUUAAUUGAAUUCCAUUUAAUUAGCAUUAAGAGUCAUAAACAUUUCACUGGUGAUUGGAUGUCUUUGUUAUUUGGAGUACCCAACUUUUGGUUUUGGAACUUUGUCCACGACUAAGUCGACCUAUUGUCGGUCGUGUAUGGCUGGGGAGAAGAAGUAAGAAGAGAUAGAUACUUGCAUAGCCCCGACAAGAAAAUGGUAGGUAGUAUUAUGGAAGUUUUGGCGGUG